AUGUCUCCGGGUACAAAAUGGCGGAUUCUGACGGAGAAAUCCGUCGAAUACGACGAAAAUGUGGACGGAAAAGCGUUUUUUGACAAGGUUUGUGGAGAAAAAUCGAAAAAAUUCCGGAAAAUUUAUAAUUUUUAGUGCGUGAGCCUCUGGAAGGAGUAUCCGAACGCGGUGAGCAACCGGAUCACGACCGUCAUCGAAGUGGAGGAGGGCAGUGAUUUGUGGAACGAAAUUAUCGGAGCGUUCGAGCACAAAUACAACUUCAACCCGAGCAAUUCGAGCGAGCUUUGCGUCACCAAGUUCAUCUAUCGCGAUAAUAUGAACAAAACGUUCUCGGAAAACGCAUUCGAGCUCUCUUUUUAUGAAGGUUUUAUUUCUGACUAAAUUAAGCAGUUUUUUGUCUUUAUAAAAACGCUUUAGAAGAGCUUCUGGUGCGUUUCUACCCGAUUGUGCUGGACGGCGAGCAGCAUCCGCACUUCGAGAGCCCGUAUUCGAUUGCGUGCCGAAUACCGUCCGAAUGCUCCAUUCAUCUUCAAUUUCUCAAGUCGAUCGACGCGCCCGAAGAGCAUUUUCUGUUUAUGCAGGAGAAGGGCUUCGACACGAUGUACACGUGGCUCAAAGGCAUCGAUUUGUCAAAGUUAGUGGAUAAAUUUGGAAAAUUUCAAUUGAAAAACGCUGAAAUCGUUUCCAGAACGUCCCGAAAAACGAAUUCGCUGAUCGACAAGGAAUCUUACACCCGCACCUAUCGUAAUCUGCGCGACACGUACGGGCGCCCGAUUUGUGCGCAAUGGACCGAGAAUUCGGACCCGAAAAAGACGGUUUUCGAGGAUUGUGGCAUCGCCUCCUAUGUUCAUGUGAGUUUUUACGAGAAAUUUCGAAAAAUGGGAAUAAUUGAGUUCAGGAGCUCGUCGAAACCGAUAUUUUGCCGAAACCAAAGAAAUACGUGGAUAUAGGUUGCGGAAACGGACUGCUCGUUCAUUUGCUGAACAAAUCCGGUGUAAGUUGAGCACUUUAGGCCAAAAUGUGUCAAAAAAUUUUUUUAAAGCUCCCAUUUUUCAGUUCUCCGGCUACGGAAUGGACGUCCGCCAGCGCAAAGUGUGGAAAACGCUGCUGAAAGACGAAGAUUUGCGUGAAAUGGCGGUGAAUCCGCAGAAAAUCGUUCAAAAUGAGCCGCACUUCGACGCGGACGUCGAUUUGCUCAUCGGAAAUCAUAGCGACGAGCUGACUCCGUGGAUUCCGGUCAUGGCGGCGAAGUAAGUCGGAUUAUCAGCUUUGGAACGUUCUAAAUCUUAAAAAGUUAUGAUUGCUCAUGAGCUACCCGGAAUUACCCGAAAAUUUCGCGAUUCAUUUCAAACAAUUCUGCUCAGACUCAACUGCAACUUCUUCCUGAUUCCGUGCUGCCCGUUCAACUUCUUCGGCCGCUACAGCAACAACGGAAGCCAUCUGGGACCGCGUCGCUUCGUUUCCCAGUACGAAUCGUUCUUCGAGUGGACCGUCUCGGUCGCCGAACGCCUCGGAUUCCACGUCAAAAUCGAUCGCUUAGCCAUUCCGAGCACGAAAAGAGUACGGGUUUUAGGACUAAUAAUUGCAUUCUUCAACUUUUUGCAGCUGUGCAUCGUGGGCCGUGUGCCGGAAGGCGGCCUGUGCGCGGACCUCGCCGCCUCGAUCCACCGAAUGACGAACGGGCAGAAGUUUGUGGCGAGACCGCACGAGAUCAAAAUGAACAACUGUCUGAGCAUUCCGAAGACGGACCGCGCGAGGAUAGCCAAGAAACUGUUCGAUUUUCUGCUCGCCUCGUCCGAUGAGAUCCGAGAGUACGUUUCUUUGUGAAAAUGCUGUUCUUGGCCAAAAUCUACAUUUUUAUGAGAAUCAACCGUUUUCUUUGCAGUGGCUGGCAUUGCGGAGGCGAAAUCGCGCUGGCCGAAAUCGCGGCUCAACUGACGGAAGAGGACAAGAAGUUGAUGAAGGACCAGGACGGAGGACUGCAGACGUUCAUGAAGAACAACCAUCAGAUAUUCCAUGUGGGGGUUUCCGACAAGAUUAGUUUUCCACAAAUUUGAAGAAAAAUCAUAAAACAAUUCGGUUUCAUCAAAUUUCAUGAUCGUUCAUUGGUUUUUUUUCCACAAAAUUCCAAUUUUCAGGUGUACAAAGCGUCGGCGCGUCUGCGUGACUUCAGAAUCCCGCCGGUCGGUCGCCCGAAGCCGUCGUGGAAACCGAGAAAAGUGGCGACAACGCCGGCGCCGUGCUUUAUGGCCCUGAACCACCCGGACGGCUGCCCGGUCGGUCCCGGAUCGUGCCGUUACGUCCAUUGA